CCUCAGCCUCUCUAUAUUUCUCUCUCUCUCCUGUUCUUUCAUUGGUAACAGUAACACUACACCAGUAGCAGCAGCAGCAGCAUCAAUUGCCAGGCGCCGUUCCUCUCUCUCUCUUACUCUCCCAUUACAUUUCCCUUCACCACUAUCUUUAUAUACCCUCUUCAAAUUUCAUCUCCAAGAACCAGAAUGAAUCAAGAAACCAUGCUUGAUUCUUCAAAUCCAUUGCCUUACUGGCUUCAAGUUUUACUCUCGGAAAAAUUCUUUAACGCUUGUGUAAUUCAUGAAGACGCUAAGAAAAAUGAAAAAAAUAUCUUUUGCUUGGACUGUUGCAUCAGUAUUUGCCCUCACUGUUUGUCUCCUCACAGCUCUCACAGACUCUUGCAGAUAAGAAGAUACGUGUAUCAUGAUGUUAUUAGAAUGAGCGAUGCUCACAAAUUAUUCGACUGUGCUUCUGUUCAAUCUUACACAACUAACAGUGCCAAGGUAAUUUUCAUAAACCCACGACCCCAAACACGGCAAUUCAAAGUCUCCGGCAAUAUUUGCAGAACUUGCGAGCGAAGUUUGCAAGACCCAUAUCUUUUCUGUUCACUUUCUUGCAAGGUUGAUCAUGUGGUUAGAAGAAAAGGUGCAAUUGGGCUGUCAAAUUUUCUAUUCGAUUGUAAGUUCUUGUCUUUACCCGAACCGGGUUCUUCAGAAGACGGUUUGAUGACACCCGAUACGGUUCUUGAACCGGCCGCUUCGACCCGGACGUCGUCUAGCUCCGGCGGGUGCGGUGAAGUUGAGUGCAGGACUCUCGCUUGCACCGCUACGACGGAGGUUGUCAGAAAGAAAAGAAGCAGCUUAUCGGCUUGUAGACCGAUUUUUCCACGAAUAACUGAAAUAUCGGGUAAUUUCAUGAAUCGGAGAAAGAAGACGCCGAACCGGGCUCCGCUGUAUUGAAUUACGACGGUGAGGGGGUAGAAUUGGUAAUUUAGAAUGUUAAUAGAAGGGUAAUUUGGGGAUAAUAUAUGGUAAUUUUUGUGAAAGACAUUCUCUCACAUAAGUCCCUGAAAUUGAGUGGGUUUGAGUCUGGCAAAUCGAAAAUCAAAUCAUCAUUGAAUGGCUUCUUUUUUAGGGAUUUCUUUUACAGAGUUACAGUAAAUUAAUAGUGAGGAGAGGAUAGGACAGGACCCUGUUUUAGUUGCCUUUUCUUUCUUUGAUUGAUGGGUUUAUUAUCUUCAAUAAUCUCUCUUUCUUUUGAA